CACUAAUUUAAGAUACAUUUUCACCCAUAGAGAUAAUCCAGGCAUAAAUUACCGCGUAUACCAUUUAGUGCUUGGCGUAAGCAAGUUUACAGGUGGUUUUAUUUACUAGCUCGUCCUAGUAAACCAACAUUAUUAGUGCAUUAAAACAGAGUACAUAUUUUUAAUUCUGAAUCUGAGCACACUUUUGCUCUGGGCCCCUUUACAGGUUAAUCCGGCGAUGCAAAGAUAUCAUUACAUUUUUGAUGAUCAAAAUGUUCUCCAUAGUCAGUGAAACAUACAUACAUAAACAUACAUGGAUAAUUUUUUUUUACCCGAACCAAACUGAGACAAUACGAAGCCCCAAGUAGGUUAGGAAAAACAUUGUAAGAAUUUGUGAAGAAAGAAAUGGUAAAUUCUCUGAGAUUAAAGUAAUAAAUCAAAGCGAAUUUUUUUUUUUAACAAAGGUAUCGUUGGAUUGUGGUUUUGUCUGGACUCUGGUCCUGUCUGACACCUUCUGACUAUAUCCACUGCUGCUGUCAUGUUUGGUCAUUGUAACUGUUUUCAACAUGCCUACUACUCUGAUUAUAUGAAUAAUUUCUGUCAUAUGUAGAAUGACCUGUACCUCUGUUACGUUGUUCAUUCUGUACACAUGAUAUCAUCUAUUGCUUAUGUCCUUCCCUUUUUUUUCCAUUAAGGUUUUUUUGGGGGGAGUUUUUCCCUCUGCAUGUGUACAGAUUAGAAAGCCUUCUGAGGUAAAUUUAUGAUUUGGGGCAAUACAAAAUAAAUUGAAUGGGUUUACCUCCGGGUUCUCCGGCUUCCUCCCACAGCCCAAAGACAUGCAGGUUGAUUGGGCUCUUAAAUUGGCCGUAGGUGUGAAUCUGAGCUUGAAUGGUUGUCCUUCUCUAUAUGAGCCCUUGUGAUAGACUGGAGACGUAUUCAAGGGAACCCUGCCUUCACACAAUAUCAGCUGGGAUCGGCUCCAGCGCCCCAAAAAAGGAUAAGCGGUUUGGAUAAUGGACUGGAAUGGAUAGUAGUACAAAUAGUAGUACUGACCAUAAUAGUGUAUCAGUAAUAAUAAUAAUGUUUUCUUUUUACCUAAAAUUGCCUUUAUCCCCGGCAAUCGUGAUAUUCAUGAGUGUCUAAUGACUGCAUAGACCACGUGUACCACUCGGUGAUCGCUCAGCUCAACCAAGAACAUGCUGAGGUCCGACUGUCUGCCUUCCAGAUAGCCAGUGAGCUCUUUUCCAGAUCACACCACUUUAGAAUGCUGCUGGUGGACAACUUCCAGGAAUUCCUGGAGUUGACGGUAGAGACUGACUCGGAGCAGCCCCUUCCCCCUCCUAAGGAAGUAGCCAGAAGACUUAGGUCACUGGCCAUCCAGACGGUCCAAUCAUGGCAGACCUCUUAUGGGGCAGCUUAUAAGAAGUUAGCACUGGGCUACCACUUUCUCAAACAGGUUAAGAAGGUGGACUUCCAGGAUGCUGAGGCCAGGACACAAGCAGAGAGGAGGAGGGAGGAGGAGAGACAAAGGAAAAUGGAAAUUAUUUACAAGGAGAGAGUGGAGGCAGCCUCAAAAGACAUGGAUGAGUCAUACCAGGAAAUUGAGGCAACAUUGACAGAGAUGGAAUCCUGCAUGAGCCUGCUUUUCCCAGAGUUUGACAUGAUCGACAUCCAGAACACCAAGAGCAGCCCUCCCAGCUCCCAAUCAGCCAAUGAAUGUCCAUCAGUUGAGGAACCUCCCUGCUGCAGCAAAGACCUGAAGAAGGAGCAGAGCAAAGAAGAAAAGAAAAGCAAUUGGGAGAGAAUGAAGGAAGAGGAGGGUAAAAGAAAAGCGGAAGAGUCGGAGGAGAGUAGUGAAGAAGAGGACGGGGAGACUCUUGAUGAAGACUUGUUUAUUCGGAACUCUGGGCUCAUCUCUCACGCCUACAGUCUGGAUCUGAACUUCAGUUUUGGUCUCCGUGUGAAGGAGACAGAGGAUAAUGAGGCAGUGGUUUCCACGGUGAAAGACCUCCAUAGGUUAAUAACAAACAAACACCUACCUGCUCUGCAGGGCUGGGUUCAGAUCUUCACCAAGUCAGGUGCUGAGCAGCAGCUGUUAAGGAGAGCGCUGGAUCUGAAAAGCUCUUUAGAAGCUACCCUACAGAAACACCAAGAGCUUCACAUUGAUUACAAGACCAGGGUCCGCAAAGUGGCUGCCUCAGACGGAGAGAAUGAUGAUGAUGAUGAUGAUGAUGAUGAUGAUGACUUCUAUGAGGUUCCAGAGAAAGAGGGAUAUGAGCCCCACAUUCCAGAGCAUCUACGAGCUGAAUAUGGUCUGGAUCCAGCUCCUUCUACUUCAACACCACCAAUCACAAAGAAUCCUCCUGCUCCUCGACCUCUGUGCUCCUCCUCCUUUUCCUCUUCUUCCUCCAGGCGGCUGAAGCGUCUUACAGAGGAGGAGCAGGAUCCAACAUGUGCAGCUGCCACACUGCGUCACCUCAAACAGAACCUCCCUGUGCUCCCACUAUCCAGCAGCAGCUCUUCAGGUCCCAGUUCAUCUCAGUCCAGCUCAGACCAGAAGGCUAUCGAUGCUCCUGUGGUUCCAUUUGGUUUGGACCUGUACUACUGGGGCCAGGAACAGCCCAACGCUGGCAAGAUCAUCAAAAUGUCCUCUCAGCAUCAGUUCUGGGUUCCCGUUGAUGUGGUAGAGGAGGUGGAGAACAAGGAGCUCCUGGCAGAGAGCAGGAGUAGAUGCAUCUCCUUCCCUGGGAGCUUCACUCCUGUCAACCAUUACUGCAGUGCUCCACUGGGCAACGGAAAGCUGUGUCAGAGACAGGACCGCCUCAAGUGUCCUUUCCAUGGUACCAUCAUUCCCAGAAAUCAGGAGGGGCAACCCUGCAGACAAGAGGAUCGACUGAGAGAGGAGCAGGAAAAGUGGAGGAAAAGGGAGGAGCAGCCUGACUGGCGCGAUGCAGAGCUGAUGCGAGACAUCGAGGCAACAACAGGGGAAAACCUGGGUUCCGACAGAGUGGGUAAAAAAGGGAAAGGAAAGAAGAAGAAGUACCCCAACCUCAGCGACCUGAAGCAGAGUGCAAACACGGCCCGCUCGAGGCUGGAGAAAAAAGUCUUCAACAAGAGCAGCAUGCGCAGAAUAGCUGAAGUUAUGGCUAAAGCUGACAAGAGAAAACAUGAAAAGUUCUCCAACCAAUUUAACUAUGCCCUCCAGUGAUCUCCAUCCAGCUAGAUGCUGGAUAUAUACCACUAAGUCAAAUAAAUUCAUGUUUGACCCGGUCGGUAUCCAGCGAACGAAAAACCGUGAGGCUACCAUUAUAAUCACAAUUGUAUUUAUUUAAAUAAUACGACAAACCCAGUGUCCCCGGCAGUCCAAGAGUUCCUUUAUUAAACUCAAAUAGUCCGAUGAAAAAUAAAUCCCCAUGGCCAAAAAUAAUAAUAUUAAAAGGUGAAAGCGUGGCGAGAAGGCGCUGUUCAGUAAUCUGUAGAACCUACGCUAUCUCUCCACAGUCCGUUUUGAUGGUGGGUCUUUCUCGCAGUAGUCCAGUGAAGUUUCCCAAUGAUAUAACCCACACAGUUUUAUUUAUAUAGUCGUCUGAAAAUCCUGCUCUUUGAGUCCACUAAACGCAGACUGUCUGUGUGCUCCAUACUCUCCUCUAUGCCACUUCGCUCCUGCCCCAUUUUAUACAAGUGAGGAAGAUCAAAAUAAUAGUGACAAUAAUUUAAAGUCCCUAUUCAUAACCUACAUUGCAGGCCACUGAUAACACUUACAAGUACAGCACUUUAAAUAUGCAAAGGAAAAUAAACACAAACAUGUUCCCAAUUCAUACUUGCCAAACAUAAAGAUAGACUUUGUCAAUCAUUACAGCCAUAUAUGUGCAGCUUCUUGAUGAACGAGAGUCAGGUAAUGGGGAAAUUAUCUAAUUGACCACAUUUUUGUGUCUUGUUUUGUCUUAUUUUGAAGUCUCUGUCUCGUGCCAUCUGUUUCCCUGCAUUUCCUGUCCUUGUGAUUGUCUGCUCUGUUCCAGAUUUUUUCCUUCUGUAUAAUUGCUAGCCCCCCCUCACCUGUAUCUCAUUCCCCAGUGUCCAAUCACCUGCACCUUUCCUGUGUAUUUAAACCCCGUUUUUUCAUUCCCCAGUGUUUCUACCAUUUAGUCGUGUUUGUCCUACUGUUUAGUUCACUUGUGUAACCUGUUUUGAGCUAAAGGAUUAAAUCUUUCUGUUGAAACGUU